AUGUUCGAGCCGAGCACGCAGGAGACGGGCGUGUCCGGCCAGUGCUGGCUUGAGGUGGUGCGGGUCGCCGUCGGCAGUUUCGGGAUUGGUCCUCGUCCAGCCUGUCCCUCAAUGUUCGCUCUCAUUGUCAGCGCCGUCGUUGUUGGUGAGACCGCCAACGGGCAGGAAGGUGCUCCACGGAAAGAAGCGGGUAGUAGUGGGACACAACCUCACGGCGAAACACUCUCUCUUCCCGACAGGGGCAACGGCUGCAGAGCCAUCUAG